AUGGAUCACGACCAGAUUAGACAACAGCAGGCUCAUGCCGCCGACAACAAGGACACCAAGUCCUCCGACGGCGCCGCCGUCGCCCCCCAAUUUUCCCGCGAUGCCGUCUUCCCCGGCGAAGUAGUCGGCGAAGUCACCGACCUCAACCGCCAGGACCUCGAGAAGCAAAAGGCCGCCCAGGGCAGCGCCCACUUCCACCGCCUCGGCUGGAAGCGUCUCACCGUCGUCCUCAUCGUCGAGGCCAUCGCCCUUGGCAGUCUGUCUCUUCCCGCCGCCUUUGCCUCCCUCGGUAUGGUCGCCGGCGUGAUCGUCUGCGUGGCCUUGGGCUUGAUAGCCAUUUACACCAGUGACGUCGUCGGUCAGGUCAAGAUCAAGUUCCCUCACGUGUCGCACUACGCCGACGCCGGUCAGCUCAUGUUUGGCCGCUGGGGCUACGAAAUCAUCGGUGCCAUGUUCGCGCUUCAGUUGACGUUCCUGGUUAGCUCUCACACCCUCACCGGCGCCAUCGCUUUUGGCAACAUCACCAACGACGGCGCGUGCUCCAUUGUCUUUGCCGUCGUCUCCGCCAUUAUCCUGCUGAUUCUUGCCAUCCCCCCGUCCUUUGCCGAAGUCGCCAUCCUGGGAUACAUUGAUUUCGUCUCCAUCAUUCUCGCCAUCGGUAUCACCAUCAUCGCGACCGGUAUCAACAGAGGUGAAAUUACCACCGCUCCCUGGUCUGCCUGGCCCAAGGAUGGUAUCACGUUCGCCGAGGCCUUCAUCGCCAUCACCAACGUUGUCUUCGCUUACAGCUUUGCCAUUUGCCAGUUCUCCUUCAUGGAUGAGAUGCACACCCCGACAGACUACAAGAAGUCCAUCUGGGCCCUUGGUCUGAUCGAGAUCUUCAUCUAUACCUUCACUGGCGCCCUCAUCUACGCCUUUGUUGGCCAGGAUGUCAAGUCCCCUGCCCUGCUGUCCGCCGGUAACACCAUUUCCAAGAUUGCGUUCGGCGUCGCCCUGCCCGUCAUCUUCAUCUCGGGAUCCAUCAACACCACCGUUGUCGGCCGCUACAUCCACGGUCGUGUUUACAAGGACUCCAUCAUCCGCUUCAUCAACACCAAGAUGGGCUGGAUCACUUGGCUCGGUCUCAUCACCGUCAUCACCAUCAUCGCCUUCAUCAUCGCCGAAGCCAUCCCCUUCUUCUCCGAGCUUCUGUCCAUCAGCUCCUCGCUCUUCAUCUCCGGCUUCACUUUCUACUUCCCUGCCCUGAUGUGGUUCAUGCUCAUGCGCGAGGGUUCCGUCUUUGCCAAGGAGAACCUCAUGAAGACUGCGCUCAACGGUCUUGCCUUCAUCAUCGGCAUUGUUGUUCUGGUUUGCGGUACCUACGCCAGUAUUGUUGAGAUUGACCUCAAGUUCAAGACUGGAAAGAUCAGCAGCCCCUUCACCUGCGCUUCCCUCGCUUAA